UCGCCUUACUGGUUGGUCGGGCACGACUACGACAAGGAUCGCCGCCAAUUUGUUUGCUGUGAACGACGACGUUUACACAACCGGCAACUUAGCGCAACCUCGGCCAGCCCAGCUUCAUUGGAACCAACGCAAUUCCACCGGCUCUCUUCACCAACCCCUCGCGUGUGGCUUUGAAUUUCGGCAUCCAGCUCCAAUGUGGCAGAAGCGAUAGACAUAUCACCGCGUGCGUGUCCAGCGACAAGGGUUGUUUGAACACACGGCACCAGCUCUCUGGUGGCUGUAGUCAAGAUGGGGCAGAAACCCAAAUCAAAAUUUAUGUUCCCCAUACCGGGGCGGAAAGCCAAAGAUGCCUCCCCGACCAACAUCUCCGCACCGCUUAGCAAGGCGCAGCGACUUCUCGGCACUGGCGAAAUCAACAUUGACCACACAGGACAGUGGAAAGGUCAUGAAGGAUGGGACGCUCAAUCCUCUGGCGGCAUCAGCGUAUCUGUGUCAGAGAGCAGCAUGGGUGGCCGCACUAAUUCGACAUAUCGCGCAGGGCAGCACCACGGCGUUCCCCAACUCACCAUCAACCACAGAGGCUGGGACGAGGAAUCGGAUGUGGUCCCGCGUCAUUUGCACAGUGCCAGCGGCCUUGGCCUUCGCCAACAACGGUCGGCGGCUACACUGGGAGCUGACUACUAUUCCGGCGACACUGCGACAGACAUGUCCAGCAUACGGCGGCGACAGUCCAACUCUACAAUUAACACGCAUUACGACAAGUCACACGUCCCAUUGUCGGUAUCUCAGCAGACGUCAAACUCUGCCAUUGCCCUAGGCCCAUACUUUGAUCAGUUCCAUCCCGACACUAUCGCUGCUAGUCGCAAAAAGCGGCCUUCCAAGUUGGAUCUCCUAAGAGGCAAGGUCCGGCAUGAUCCGCCCACAAGCGCGAAGACGGCGAGCCCCAAUCUAGGCGGUGGGCACACUCUAGUCCGGUCGCCAUCCAUGAUGUCCUUCAAGUCGUCAUGGGGCGGCUCGACGCCUAAUUUGGUCGAGCAGAGAACGCCGAAGAAAUUGGUUCGCCGCAGUCAACAGCCGGCUUUGAACGUAGCCACCCAGCCCACGCAUCACCGACCUUUGCGUGAUGCGGCGGGUUUGCACCAACUGUACGAUCACUACGAAGAGAUGUCUUUCCGCAAUGCCCCCUCACCGACAGAAGAGGAUGAUCCUUCGUUCUUGACCUCUGACCCGUUCGAGACUGUCCGUAGGCCGGCGACUGCUCAGACCUCGGUCAGCUUGCCCGCUGUGAAGCCCAUGAUCCGGGAACCGCAGUCGCCGUCCGACAAGAGUUCGACCCGCACGCGCAAUCUCACUAGCGGCUCGGGCACAACGGACCCAAUGGAUUCGACAAUCAGUUCCAUGACGGACUACGCUGCCAGCGUAUCAAGCAGACAUACACGCACGUCUAAGGCAUCCCGUACCGACCGUAGCAUACAGAGCAUUGAUCGUCAACAGAACAGCGUUCUCUCCUUGUCCGACUCCGAUUCAGACGAGGACUCGCUCCCAAGAUCAUCACCGUCGCCGCAUCUUGGGUCCUCAAAGGCAGAGAGGAAUCUCGGCAUCAUGUCCGCCAUGGACCAUGUCAGCUACACGCCCGCCAACGAUCGGUCUGGCAUUCCCAAUACGGCACAGAUCAAACCCAUCAAGGCUUACCUUGAUAUCCCCCGGACCUCGUCAAGGACGGCGGCUUCACGAUCCAGGUCGAACAGCGCUUCGCACUCUCAGCGAUCAUCAGGAAGUACGGUUUCGCCUUAUUCCGGCGCAUCUCUGUCCUCGGAUGGUGCUCAACAGUCUAUCCGGUCGCGAGCUUCCGACGACGAGUCUCCAAGGCGUGUCCAUGAAGCCCAGUCAGUCACGCUCCAUCCCCUUGCAUCGACCAUGGAGGCCGCGGUGGAAGAGCUAGACAAGGAAGCACCAUUGUCGGAUUUCCAGAAGAUGCUUUCUGGACCUGGUCCCCAAGGUAGAACACGCGACUCGCGUUCGUCAGAGCAGCCCACGCCGCCUCUGUCACCAAACAGUGUUGAAUUCUAUUUCCGCUCCCCCGAGUCCAUCCGGCGCGAUUCUGCGGCCAGCAAUUCUAGUGAGAAGAACAAUGCACGCUUCAUGGCCGUGACACGCCAAGAGGAGAUGCUGUUAGCUGCCCUGCGCGAGAAGCGGGCCAAGAUGAGGGCGAGCAGCCAGUCCCUGGUAGCUGCACCAGAGAAGGGUGGGCGCGUCAGUGAAGCAUCGACAAGGUCACCCCCUAGACAGUCCGUUGUCAUUCCUCAACGGAGAUCAUCUGCCAACGCAGCCGACGCGGUCGAAUCCGCCGACGCUGGCUUCGCGCCUAACUUGCUGGGUACACUACAGGAGGAAGCACCCUAUACAGGUGCUACCGAGUCCCAGCAGUCGUCUCCAGAAGGCGCAGCUUCUGCCCCGAGUUCCACUCGCAAGAACGGCAAGGCCCGACAAGAACGAGUCCUUCUCUACCUCGACAGGCCUAUCAGUCGUGUUGGCGCAAUCGAUCUCGCUGAGCCAAGUCCGGAUUUGACAGAAUUCAUGGGCAGCGUCGACGGUCGGAGCGACGACGAAUGGGCUGAAGAUGACCGACGAACUCGCGUCAAGUCGACGAGAUGGACCACCUUCAGCAAACAUGGCUUUUUCUCGAAUAGCGAUGCCGGCCGGCCACGAGCAGACUCGGCAGCGGUCACCCCCAAAUUGCUGGCCCAAGCACAGCCUAGGCUAGCCGAUCUCCCUGAAAGCGAGAGCGAGUACGAGGACGAUGACUUGUACCUGGAUGACUUUGAUUUCAACGACUUCCCAGAGCCCGGCGGCAAGGUUGUUAGAGCACCCAUCGAGGCGGCGCCAGCUGCGACUGGCCGAGGGGCUCCGUCCAGUGCGUUGCCACCACUGCCCAGCAAGAAGCCUUCUGCAACCGGAACCACUGGACAUGAGCCUAAGAAAAGCUUGGCACGGCUGAGCGCUGUUGGCGGUUUGGCGACGGCGCCUGCCCGUUCCCCAGUGCCAUGGUGGGGAGACGACGACUGAGCAUCAGGGAGAUUACGCCUUGAGCACCAUUUCCUUCCAAGUAACUUGGGCCUGAUAUAGAACGCCGUCGAUGUCUUACGAACAUUACUGCUGCCAGCAUAUUGAGCGUGAUACGGACGAGACGCGCAGACAUUACGAAACACCUUUCCUUGGUCACGAUACACAAGCAUAUUAAUAUCCAAAAGCAACAAGUUGGGGCUCUGGAAAUCCCAACAA